AUGGAUCAAGAGACUAUUGAUACAGACUACGACGUGAUUGUCCUAGGUACCGGUAUUACCGAGUGUAUCCUAUCUGGUUUACUCUCUGUAGAUGGAAAAAAAGUAUUGCAUAUCGACAAGCAAGACCAUUAUGGUGGUGAAGCUGCUUCUGUGACCUUAUCUCAACUGUAUGAAAAAUUUAAACAGAAUCCUAUCAGUAAAGAGGAACGGGAAGCAAAGUUUGGUAAAGAUAGAGAUUGGAAUGUCGACUUGAUUCCUAAAUUCCUAAUGGCCAAUGGGGAACUUACAAACAUUUUAAUACAUACUGAUGUGACUAGAUACGUUGACUUCAAGCAAGUGUCCGGUUCCUACGUGUUCAAGCAAGGUAAAAUCUACAAAGUUCCGGCUAAUGAAUUAGAAGCCAUUUCAUCACCAUUGAUGGGUAUUUUCGAAAAGCGUAGAAUGAAGAAAUUUUUGGAAUGGAUUAGCUCUUAUAACGAGGACGAAAUGUCUUCUCAUCAAGGUUUGGAUUUGGAUAAGAAUACCAUGGAUGAAGUGUACUACAAAUUCGGCCUAGGUAACUCUACCAAAGAAUUCAUCGGCCACGCAAUGGCUUUGUGGACCAAUGACGACUAUUUGCAACAACCAGCUAGACCAUCAUUCGAGAGAAUUCUAUUAUAUUGCCAAAGUGUUGCCCGUUACGGUAAAUCACCAUAUUUGUAUCCUAUGUACGGAUUGGGCGAACUCCCACAAGGGUUUGCUCGUUUAUCGGCUAUUUACGGUGGUACUUAUAUGCUGGAUACACCAAUUGAUGAAGUGUUGUACAAAGAAGAUACAGGUAAGUUCGAAGGUGUCAAAACUAAACUCGGAACUUUCAAAGCUCCAUUAGUAAUCGCUGAUCCAACUUACUUCCCUGAAAAAUGUAAAUCUACUGGCCAAAGAGUCAUCAGAGCCAUUUGUAUUUUAAAUCACCCAGUUCCAAACACUAGUAACGCGGAUUCUUUACAAAUCAUCAUUCCACAAAGUCAACUGGGCAGAAAGAGUGAUAUAUACAUUGCCAUUGUUUCAGAUGCGCACAACGUUUGCUCUAAGGGUCAUUAUCUAGCCAUUAUUUCCACAAUCAUCGAAACUGAUAAACCACAUAUAGAAUUAGAACCUGCCUUUAAGCUUCUAGGACCCAUUGAGGAAAAGUUCAUGGGUAUUGCUGAAUUGUUUGAACCAAAGGAAGACGGGUCCAAGGAUAACAUUUACUUGUCCAGAUCUUACGAUGCAUCUUCCCACUUUGAAUCCAUGACUGAUGAUGUCAAAGAUAUCUACUUUAGAGUAACAGGCCAUCCAUUAGUUUUGAAACAAAGACAAGAACAGGAAAAACAAUAA